AUGUGGGGAUCCGGUCAACAACCGCUGCGGGGGCUUCCAGGCCCCCAGACCAUUCUCAAGACCUUGGCCGGCUCACUGGGGCUGUCCUCGCUCUCAAAUCCAGAAACGCAAUCACUGGAAACCGCAUCAACCUGCUCUCGCUCAGACCUAAGCUGCCACACCGUGUAUAAUGGCCAAGACACCUGCUGCUUCAACUACCCGGGCGGUCAAUUCCUGUUGACCCAGCUCUGGGACUUUGACCCGGCACUCGGUCCAGAUGACUCCUGGACAAUACAUGGACUCUGGCCGGAUCACUGCAACGGCGGGUUUGACCAGUUCUGUGACUCGCGCCGGAGCUACAGUAACAUCUCGCUGAUCCUCGUCGACUCCGGUCGAGGGGAUCUCGUGGAUUACAUGGGCGAGUACUGGAAAGAUUUCCGCGGCGAUGACGCCAACCUCUGGCAGCACGAGUGGAACAAGCACGGUACCUGCAUCAGCACCUUGGAGACGCGGUGUUACGAUGGUUAUAUGCCACAGCAGGAGGUAGUGGACUACUUUGACAAGACCACCGAGGUCUUUAAGACACUGCCUUCAUACCAAGUCCUCGCGGAUGCAGGGAUCACUCCAUCCCAUACCCAAACAUAUGCUCUGGACGAUAUAGAGGACGCCCUGGAGCGUUUCCAUGGUGCUCCAGUGACUGUCCGCUGUCGAUACCACUCGCUGAGCGAGAUCUGGUACCACUUCAACGUAGCGGGAAAUCUACAGACCGGGAAGUUUGUGCCCGCGAAGCCAGACGGUCAAACCUCCAACUGCCCUGCCAGAGGCGUCCGCUAUCCACCAAAACGAGGUCAGAAUGAGCCAACGAGGACAACAACUGGUCAUUCUGAGCCGACAGCAACAGGAAUUCCGUUCCUGGGUAAAGGAAACAUGAUGGUCUCCCGUUCAAACCAAAUACGCGGCUGUAUUAUCAGCUACGGGACAUGGUUUGUGUCUGGAACAUGUGCCACUUUCCGGGCAGAGAAAGUUUCAGAGGAUAAAUUCACCCUGACCUCUAGCAAGGGGUCUUGCAGCUUUGAAGAAGACACAUUGAACUGCGGCCCUCACGUUGAUGCCCCAGAAGAAUUUACGGUGAAGGAUGGGAAGCUCUGCUACAUGGGCAACACGACUUUCUUCGCCGACAAGGCACCAAAGGGCCAUGUGCAAAGUCAAGUGUUUGCCUCACAAGAAGAUCAUCAAAUUGAGAUCGAGAUCACCUGGAAGUCGCGGGAUUCGAACUUUUGA